AAAAAAAACAGAAAUGCUUUCGUUUACAUUUGCACUUCUGUUGUUUUUGCCUUAUCCUGUAGGAGGGAUGGGAUUAAUUUUCAAGAGUCCAUUAAUUACUCUUGUUCUAUAAAUAUGCAACUAAUAUUCUAUGAUUUUACAAAAGAUUGAAUUAAAUAACAACACAAACAUUCUUCUAUUCUAUUGUUUCAUUCAUCAUUCUAGCUAGUAUUCCUUAUUCAAUUUAAUUAAUUAGUUACUCUAGCCUAAUAUAAUUAUUUGAUAAUGGCUCUACAAUUGCGCUACGUUUUCCCUCUUCUCAUGAUUGUUGCCCUCUCUUGUACAUCAUGUUAUGGAAGAAACAUACCAAAACACCGUAGACACGACGUCCAAAAUAUUCGAAGAGCUCUUGGAUCUGUUCAGCAAAUAUUCAAUGUUGAUGAUUAUGGUGCUAAAGGAGAUGGGAAUACGGAUGAUACUCUGGCAUUUCAGAAAACUUGGGAACAAGCUUGCUCAUCCUCAGGUGGUGUACUUAUGGUGCCAAGCAAUAAGAACUAUCUUCUCAAACAAAUCACGUUUUCGGGUCCAUGCAAUUCUGAUACGACCGUACAGAUAUCUGGAACAAUCUUAGCAUCUAAAGACCGAUCAGAUUUCGAAAAAGAUAAAAGGCAUUGGCUUAUUUUCAAAAAGAUAGAUAAUUUAUCCUUUGAAGGAGGCGGUGUUAUUGAUGGUAAUGGUGAAAUAUGGUGGGAGAACUCUUGUAAAAUUAACAAAAAGUUGCCUUGCAAGCAUGCGCCAACAGCUCUUACGUUGGAGGAAUGCGAUAAUUUGGCAAUGAGUAACUUGAAUAUUCAAAAUGCUCAACAAAUGCAUGUUUCCUUUCAAACAUGUCAUUAUGUUAGGGUCACAGGCGUUAAUGUUACUUCUCCAGGGCAUAGCCCAAAUACUGAUGGCAUACACAUUACCAGCACCAAUAACAUUCAAGUCUCCAAUACCAAUAUUGCAACAGGUGAUGAUUGCUUUUCAAUUGAGAGCGGUUCCAAAACGGUUCGAGUCACCAACGUAACUUGUGGACCGGGUCAUGGAAUCAGUAUUGGAAGCCUAGGUGACAAUGGUUCUGAGGCUCAUGUUUCAGACAUAAUAGUGAAUGGAGCAACUCUUUCUGGAACAACUAAUGGGUUAAGAAUCAAGACAUGGCAGGGAGGAUCAGGAGUUGCAAGUAACAUUAAAUUUCAAAACAUAGUGCUGGACAACGUUGACAACCCGAUAAUUAUAGACCAAGAAUAUUGCGACCAAAAAAAACCAUGCAAAAAACAGGUUUCCGCGGUACAAGUGAAAGACGUGUUGUACCAAAACAUAAGAGGAACGAGUUCUUCAGAGAAAGCCGUGGUAUUUGAUUGCAGUGAAGACUAUCCCUGUGAAGAUAUUACUAUGGAAAAUGUCAAGAUUGAAAGUAGUAAAAGUGACGAGACUACUAAAGCCAAGUGCAGUAAUGUCCAGAUUGCUAAAGCUGAAGAUGUCUCACCACAAUGCUAAACUACUUAGUACAUACGGAGUAAGAUCUACUCUUUCUGCCCAGAGUUGGUAGUCCACGCUGAUUAUAAUUAUCUACUAAUAAAUUGGUGACGUGACGGCUAAAUUGGAUGUUUAGAGUAUGUUAUGAUUGAAUUUAUUAGCUAGAUUGACAUCGAUACGAUAUGUUAAUUUUUCUUUUUUAUCUUGUAAAUACUAAUAUUGAACUCCAUAUUUGUUCUUAAACUUGAUUAUUGGAAUAAAAAUUACUCCGUGGUGAUUGGUUA